CUAAGUACUCCAGAUGCAGUGGAGAAUAUCUCCAUCAACGCGGAGCAGUAGCCCAAGAGGCCGGGGGGGGAAUCGCCGGUCGUGCUACCUCGCCUCCUCUGCUGUUCCUGCGCCCCUGUAUCUUUAUAAAGGCCUGCGGGUUCCCUUGAAGGAUCCCGGUGUACGCCAUCCUUGAGCUGUUCGACCUUCUAUAUUCUGCCACUUAUUUAAAGCUGGCGGCAGGCUGACUGUAUCCAUCCCGCGCCUGCUCCUCCAAUACCUGACUACUGUUCUACACUCGCCAAUAACAGAAGGAUCAUGUUCUGCGAGACCAUGUCGAGCCUCUCCAUCAGGCCGGCGGAGAGAAACGUUCCAUUGCGACAGCCAAUGUUGCCUCACGGGUGUCAGACCCUCGGGUCAGGAGACUCGCUGGUCAUCCGUACCAACCAGCGGCUCCCCCCAAUCUCUGAUCUCCUGAGGGACGUCCCAUUACCGCCAUCCCCGCCUUCAUCCCAACCUCCGUCCCAGAAACAGUCGUACCCGACCAUCCUCCCGCCAAUGUUUCCAACCCCUAUCCCUUGCUCCCCGACCUUCUUUCCCGGUGCAUUCCCGACCUGGUCAGCGUCGCCACCCCGCUCCCGGUCCGCGUCGCAGCAGUACACGCAGUUCCCGCCCCUAUCCAGACCCGUCGACCUGCGAAGGGCAUCCAUCCCCUGCGCUGACCGCGACCGCGACCGCCAAAGACGCACCACCAAGCAGCAGGCGCGUCUGCGCCGCGGCUCGACCCUGUCAGACCCGGGCCCCCAGCCCCGCCAACACCAUCCGCCUCCCAACAACAGCCUUACGAGGAGGCCCGAAGCAGCGGCCAUCCGCCAGCCCGCUCCCGCCGCCCCCUGCGAGACGGCGGCGGGACCCCCGAAGCCGAAACGCAACAACCAGCCCUUCACCUUCGAGCAGGAAGCCUUCGUCAUCUACCACCGCGUCGAGCUCGGGCUAUGCUGGGCCGAGGUCCGCGACGCCUUCAUGGCGCGCUGGCCCGCCCUCAAGCGCAGCGUCGGCAGCCUCCAGUGCGCCUACUACCGCACCAACCUCGAGCUGCCCGUCGUGACGCCCGACGGGCUGCUGGUGCUCGUUGACCCCGAAGAGGAGGCGGGCGAGCUUGCGCAGAUGACGCCACCUGCGUCGCCCGGGCCGAUCUCGCCGUCUUCCUCAUCCUUUUGUCUCUCUUCCUUCUCUUCUUCUUCUUCUUCUCCUUCGGGUGGACUAGUGGAUGAGGGGGCGAAAGGAGGCUCGGAGUCGGGAGGGUCUUCCGGGAGGCCGAGGGAGUGGUACAAGCUGUACAGAGGGGUUGCGUACCGCACGCGGAUGGUCAAGUGCCGCAGCGCGAGGAUCUCGCUGACGGAGCGGUUUCCCGAGGAGUUGUUGGACGAGAGGAACGACUGGGUGCGGGAAGAGCAUCGAGUCGCGGCGAGCGGCGCGGGUGAGUACACGUGCAUCCCCUUCAGCAUCAUCUCCAACCACCCCCCCCCCCCCCAACCAUCCUUCUCCCCAUUUCCCACAAUCUCCCCACCCACCGUCCUUUCCUCUUUCUCGUCCUUCUCUGGUAUUGGGAGCCGUUCUGACAGGGCGCAGCUGAAAGACGGCGCCGGCAGAGAGAGGAGUGGCUCGCUACCCGAGCGAUGCGGGAGCGCCGGAGGAUGAUACACGUCUGAGUUGACCUUCCGGCCGGCGGGUUCCACCCCGGGAUCCGAAACGCUUUACACGGCCUUCAUAUCGAUGGCCCCAUCUGUGCCUAUACUUUUUUAACCCUUCUCUUUCUGUCUUGUCUAUCUGAUUUAGCUGCAGAACGCACCUCAUGAUGUCCAUGCUGUCAACGCCCCAUGCCAGUCGGCACUGUUGGAGGAUGAUCACUGACACAGUGCAAUCCUGCCUAUAUUCCUCUUCCUUUUAGGGUUCAGGUGUUUUUUUUUCUCUUCACGAACGUACUCGUCCCUAUAUUAAGCGACCGUUAUGGGAGACACAGUCUGUCUUCCUUGCCGGUAUCCGGCUGCUUUCUCUUGGUCAAUUUUUUUCUACGGCGAAUUUUCUGGGUAAAGAUGGGUUGGUGUUGGUUGAGAUUAUGCAUUUCAUGGCUUUGGGCUGAUAGGUGAUGGAUAGCACGGCGCGGCGUUCGGGAUCUUAAAAAGAUAGAUAAACUAAUAUAGGUAAGUUUAAUAUAAUAUAUUUA